UGCAAAUGCAAUGUAAUGUGAAGAGGAAACAACAAGAAAAAACAAACCACUGUAAAUCUAACUUAUAUAACCCUGAAACACAUGAACGCGUCUUACAAAACGUGGUAAGCAGAUGUACGAAAGGAUGAAGCUUUAGGAUUAGUUUGCUACACACCUGUUUGUAACAUAAGAAUCCAAUAUGAUUUUCCACUCACGAGAAAAAGAAGGGAAACACAUUGCAAAAGCUCAUUACAUUACAGCCUUUGAGCCAAUGUCUCUCACACAUCGCAAAUACACAUCGAACACAAAAGUCAUCAACACGACUGUUUGGAGCGAGGCUUAGCAGCGAUUACACCGAGCUAAUCGUCUACCUUGAGUAACCCCUUUCUUGUCUUGCUCACCCACCAUCAACACCACACAAACGAUCGAAUGUUGAUCGCUCUGGCAAAAUGGGAAAUUUUGUGCUAAAGCCUUUUUGUACACAGUAAAGCCUUUUAUGGAGGACAGCACCAUCGGAGCACCCGGUCGGAUUUAUUUGUUUUUAAUUAUGUGCCCUUGUUGGAAGCUUUGAUUUACCAAUUGUUCGUUACGAAAGUUCACUACAGUAUCGUGUUUGAUUUUUUCGUGCAAUUCAUCUUUGAAGGUUAUAGAAACAGAUUUUAAAAAUUACCUCUGUUUGGUGUUGCACAUUCGUUUCCCAUUUACUUUUGGCGUUUUUUUUUCGUUUUCGUUCGGGUGAUUAUUUAUUUUGUGGAUACUAUUAUAUUUAACCAUUCAGCUUUUUUCCACUCUUUCCCUGAUGUAUUUUCCAUUCCAUGCUCCUUCGGCACUGAUUCUAUUGUGGUGUGGCAUUGAAAGCUUUCUUCCUUUCACCGUCAACGAUUGUGUGUGUCCGAUGUACGUGUGUACUCAAAAACCUCUCCUAAUCCUUUCGCCAUUGUUGUUAAUGUCUCUUUUGGUUCACAAAACUUUAACAACCGACCGCUCGUAUCGCUUCGCACGAUUUGCACUGAUUUAUUCUUUUUUUUCUUUUCCCAUUUUCAUUUUGUGUUGGUUUUUAUUUUGCCUUCAUUAUUUAUCACUUGUAAUCCUUUAGUUUUGGGUAAGGGCUUAGUCCGGCUGUUGCUUUCUCCCAGUGUGAUUUUGAGGAAUUUAGUUUCCUUUUUUUGUCUAUUUUGGCACGAUCUUUGUCGACCAUUGCUUUCUGCCAUCGGAUCGGACCAUCUGGUAAUGGGCGAGAGUUGAAGAGGUGAAGAGGAUUAUAGUUCGAUUGUCCCCGAGGCAACGGCUUAAGCGUUGUUAACUCAUUACCUAACUAUUUCCCAUUUCUUUAUUUCUGGCAAACUCGUAACGUUCUCGUUCGUUUUGGGUGUGUUUGUGUAUUGUUGUUGAUCACUUAAUACACCUUUUGUUUGAUCGAAAUGCAGUACCUUUGGGAAAAUUUACUUUUUUCUUUAAAGAGUCCAGUAAUUUCCAGUAACGAUUAGAAAGAUCUUUUCCCCACAAAAUCUUUUUUCGCUCGCACGCCAUCGCAAGAUAGUGGCCUUACAUCCUCACAAAAGCCGAUCAUGCAAAUGAGCAAGAGGAUGGCGGCAGGAUCAGCAAAUGCACACAACGGUAAGUAUAUUCUGAAAGAUCUUACAGGAUCAGCCCGGAUGCUGAUGAUGAGACGCACCAGACAGACUGUCGCCGAAUCGACUACGACCACUCACACUCUUCAAGGGUCAGGUGUCUGGGCUAUUCACAUGACGGGGUUAUUUUGUCUUCUUCCAGGUAAAAUUGAAACAGAAAUUCCUUUUUUUUGCUUUGUUUUUACAGGUGCUGCCGUAGAGCUACCUUCCAGGAAGGUAUCCCUUUGGAGCGUCGUUAACGAAAAGCUCAGUCGGCACCGUACCGUGAAGACGCGCUGAUUGCUACGGUUCCCAAGGACACGCAGCCGGACCGCAGCGGAACCUAUCCGAUCAAUCCUUCCCCAUCAUCGCUCGACCGGAUCCAGCGGAUCUACGGCAAAAUGAUGGAUCGAAUACCGUCGCUAUCGAUACCGGGAUUAUCGCUCUCGCAUUCACUAUCCAUACCGACAUCGCAGGCCCUCUCGAAUCAAUCAUCGCACGCACUGAAUUCGCUCGGACUACAUACGCAAAAUUUGCAUGCCUCAUCCGUUAACGCGCUACACAACUCACAAACGACCAACCUGCACCAGAACGUUGGCGGUCUGCUGAACGGUGCGGCCGGCAAUGGCCUGCUCGGUCAGGCGAUGUUGAAGAAACCGGCCGAGGAGCACAUAAAGCGACCGAUGAACGCGUUCAUGGUGUGGUCACGGUUACAGCGAAGAAAAAUUGCUCAGGACAACCCAAAAAUGCACAACUCGGAAAUCUCCAAACGACUCGGUGCUGAAUGGAAGCUAUUAACGGAAGACGAGAAACGACCGUUCAUCGACGAGGCGAAGCGUCUGAGAGCGAUGCACAUGAAGGAGCAUCCGGACUACAAAUAUCGGCCACGCCGGAAGCCGAAACCGAUCCGACGCGAUGGAUACCCGUACCCGAUGACGUACCCAUCGGUGCCUGUCGAUGCACUGCGUGCCGGUAUUACGCCGAGCUACUUUGCACCGGGCGCUCCCUACCAUUUAGGAAGCCAUUUGUCACAAGCCAGUCCACCCACGACACAGUCCUCGAUCGCAUCCCAGAUGGACGUGUCGAAGUUUGCACUCGAUCGUAGCGCAUACCUCAACACUGCCGCGGCCGGAGCCCUUUACGAUACGACCAAAUCGCAAACCAACCCCUACAGCGCCUAUCUCGAUCCCACCUCCGUCCUGACGAAGGCCUACUUCGAUUCGAAGAUGUAUCAGGAUCGGGCACAAGCUGCCGCCAACUAUGCAUUUGACAUUUCCAAGAUCUACGGCUCCACCGCACAGCAGCAGCUUAGCAGCAGUAGCCAACAGCAACACCAACAACAUCAGCAACAGCAACAGCAGCAACACCAACAACAGCAACAUCAGCAGCAUCAACAGUCAUCACAUCUACACCAUCCGCUGCAUCAUCAGCAUCAGCUGCAGAACGGUGGCAGUGGUAGUGGAAUUGAUGAGCGAGAGCCAACACCGCAGCUGAGUGACGUCACGCCAGACAUUAAGCCACAGAUCGUGGAACCGCUCGAAGGAUCUCCGCUGCACAGUCACAGCUAUGGCGCUAGUCUACUUGGUGGUGGUGGUGGUGCCAGUGGUGGCGCAACAGCCUCCGGACUAUAUCAGUAUUCUGCCGCGGCAAUGGCUGCCAGUCAAGCGGCCGCAAAUGGAAAUGGCAGUUCAAGUGCGAGCGGCGGAGGAGGUGGCAGCGGGGGAGGUGUUGGCGGUACUGGCGGAGAAUACCGACGGCCAUUGACCGUCAUCUUUUGACCCAACUCCGAGCUGAUGGUUGAUCGAGACUACUAAGUAGCAGGCAUCGGCACUCAACGAAGUAUACGAAGUCGAUUUUUAUGCAGUCCUACGAUAGCGGGAGGAUAAUGGGGGCGACACAAGGUCAAAUGAGGCCGCGCGUGUAAAAUGCGAUGCUCAAGAUUUUAUUUAUUCGCUAGAUAAAUACACUUACUGCUGUGGUAGUAGGAGCAGGUGCAAUAGAAUGAGGGUUUGUUUCUUAUUUGAGGAUCAUUCGGAUCAUUGCAAGUAAAUGCGGCUAUGGAGACAUGCGCGUUGGUUAUCAAUAAACCAUUUUAAACAAAAUUAAUCACACACAAAAUGUUCCAUUGGAGAACAUUAUUGAAGGGAAGAAACGAAACAAAAAGGUCAGUGGGACAAGUGAGAGAGAGAGAGAGGGUUAGAACGAUUUUCAAACAUUCAUUUAUUCAUAGCUUAAAUAGUGUAAAGUCAAGAAGAUGCUACGAAAGAUAUGAACCGGAUACGAAAUAAAAAAAAUGUAUCCAAACACACACUCCGAAAGGCAAAUACACGCGAUGGCUCGGUGAUGUGAUUUACAGUGCAUGCUGGAAGAUCCGGAUUGAAAUGAUGAUUAAAAUGAUCUUACAAAGGAAGAGAGCGAAUGGCAACAAAAAAUUAACUAGAUUAUCAAAAUUGAACACACACAUAAGGAUAAUUUUAGGGACAACUUCAAACAAUUAUUUAAGUACCAGUUGAAUAAAACAAACGAAAACAUUUCGG